AUGUCUGACACCGAGACAAAAGACCCCCUUCCCAGAGAUCCAGCUCUUUUGGAGGAGCCUGUAGAUAAUUCAGACCUUGUCAGUGAAGCAAGUGACAUUAGUGACAUUAGCGAAAUCAGCGAUGUCAGUGACACAGACAUUUUCAACCAUGUGGCCACUGUUCGUCCUGCUCAGUUUCUCAAAAACACAAAGUUCAAUGUGGACGAUGAACAAACUAAUACUGAAGAUGACAAUAUAACCUACGAUUUAAAUCUUGAAAAUAUAUCUCCAACAUAUGAAAGCGAUCAAAGCAACAUUUCGACGUGUCUCUCCAGUGAAAAGGAACCAGAACCAGAACCAGAACCAGAACCAGAACCAGAACCAGAACCAGAACCAGAACCAGAACCAGAAUCAAAACAAGUCCAUGACUCGUUUGCUGAAAAACGACGCGAGUCAAACUCCAGCAUAAAAACAGUACGACCUGUCAUGUUUGAAGUUCCAAAACCAGAAGUCGAAACAAUUAAGAUACAGCCAACAAAACCUGAUGAGCCUGAACAACGACAAUACAAAUAUGGUUACAUCAAACCCACACAACAAACAAAUGACUCGUUUGGUAUCAACCCUGCAGAACUCGUGCUCAAAUACGGCGAUGUCAAGAAUGAAGACUCAAUCAUUAUCAAUACUGUUUCUGUGAAAAAUCAAUCAUCAUUCAGUCCACAAAAGAAAAAAUCUGAUAUCUCUUUCGACCAAUCUUUCUCUUUCUCCAGAUCUACAAGCAGAGGAAGUAAACAAAAGGGUGGGAUUGUUGGAUCAAAUCUUUUCAGCAGACUCAAAACCCCAAACUCCUCCUUUUCACAGCAAUCAGAAAAAUCCAUUCUUACUUCAGAAAAACCACAACAAUUAAAGUCUAUCUUUCCAGUGGAGCCUAUAACCAAUGGAUUCAAACUUAACGGCAUUGAAAACAAAUCAUCCCAAGUCACAAAGGAGACACCAAUCUCCACUAGUCCCUUUAAAUUCAAUGGCAUUUUAAAUGACAUUUCUAUAAAACAGGCUACAGAUGCUUCUACACCUGAGCUCUCAAACAAUUUUUUUACAGCUCCAAGUCCUGAAAUAAACUUUGCACCUUCAGCAAACAAGUUGGAAAACUUUAAACCUUUAUUUGAUACUGAUGCCCCAAAGAUUGAAACUGAAAAGCUGCCAAAUAAAUCAAGUGCAUUUGAAUUUUCCAACUCUGCUUUUGGCCAACUUGCGAAAUCAGAAGAUACUUCAGCUAAAAUCUCUCCUAAAAAGCUCACAUUUACUACGUUGAAAAACUCAGUUGGUUCCGAGUCUACCUUUAGUUUAUCUGGCCAACCUAAAUCUGAAAAGCCAACUCAAGCAUCUGCUCCGGAGAUUUCAUUCGGUCAACCAGCCUUUGGUCAACCAGCCUUUGGUCAACCAGCCUUUGGUCAACCAGCCUUUGGUAUACCUAAGAAGCAAGAGAACCCAGUCAAAAACUCAGUUUCUGAAACUUCAACCGUAACUUUUGGCCAACCAGCUUUUGGUCCACCUGCAUUUGGCCAACUCAAUAAAUCAGAAAAUCCAGUCAAAAAUCCAGUUCCUGAAGCUUCAACUGUAACUUUUGGUCAACCUGCCUUUGGUCAACCUGCCUUUGGUCAACUUAAUAAGCCAGAAAUUCCAGCCAAAAAACUGGCUCCUGAAACCUCGACAAUUACUUAUGGCCAACCUGCUUUUGGUCCAUCAGCUUUUGGUCAGCCAGCUUUUGGUCAAAAUAAUAAACCAGAACAACCAACCAAAAAACCAGCUCCUGAAAUCCCAACUGUUACUUUUGGCCAGCCUGCUUUUGGCCAGCCUACUAAAUCCAAUGAUAAAGCCACUGCACCUAAAAAACUUACUUUUAUACCAUCGAGAUCCCAGGAAGACACAAAUUCUACUUUUGGAAAGUUUCUCUUGGAACAGCCUACGACUGGCGAAUCUAUUAAACCUGAAAAGCCUUCUGAGGCCCCUACUGGAGCUUUGAGAUUUGUUUAUAAGCCACCAACAGAAACCUCAAAACCCUCUUUGGGCAAUCCUGCAUUUGGCUUGCCUUCUUCCAUCAAGUCCUCUUUUGGUACAUCUCUUGCCGAGGCUAAACCCAGUUCUAUUAGCAUUCCCUCUAGCGCCCCUAAACCAGAUGCUCCAACCAACCCCUUAAAAUCUUCAUUUGACUCAGCCAAGGCCGAUAUCUUUAAACCUUCUUUAAAGGCAUUUGGGGCCUCUAAGCCAGACCUUCCAAAAGUUAUUUCCAACAAUAAGCCAGCUUCAUCACUACCUGAAACGAAGCAAACACUGCUUUCAGCAACUGAAAAAGUCACUCGCAUAAAUACUCCGGAAAACGGGUCACCCACAAGACAGCAUCGGUCUGCAUUUGGUGGAAUCUCGUUGGAAAAACCCCCUUCAUCUAGCAUCUUUACGCAAUCGCCAGGGCUUCUCACUCUCAAGUCGUUUGAAAAAUCAGAAAAAUCAGAAAAACAAGAACUCCAAUCAGAGCCUAUAUUCCCGGCUCAAGAUAAACACAAGAAGCUAACGAUAUCGCCUAAAGCUACAAUCCACAGAUACGAUAUCAAAUCUUCACCUAGCCGCUCGCGAACAGAUAGCAAACUGGAGCCCAAGGUUGAGCCCAGGAGCAGCAUAUUAAAAGACAAGACAAAAGAGAAAGAUACUGCUAAAAAAGAAACUCCAGAAAAAGACACCAAAAAAAAGCCAGAGCCAUACAAUGUCCGUUAUUACAACGAUCCCAACAUUCCAUAUACGCUCAGCUUAUAUGUCCAAGUCUUUCUUAACUUCAUGCUAGCCGCAACUCUUCUUUAUUUUCUUUACGGGUUCUUUAGCACUAUCAAUGCCGACGUUGACAAGCGCCUCAGCGAGUACUCUUCUGAUAUUCUGUCUGAAAUUGCAGAGUGCUCCCGGCAGUAUCUCCGCAACAAUUGCAUGCCCGGGCGCCGGGUGCCUGCAAUGGAAACUCUUUGCACAGCGUGGGAAAAGUGUAUGAACCGUGAGUCGGCGACGGUAGGUCGUGCCCAGGUCUCCGCGGAAACCUUUUCUCAAGUCAUUGAUAGCUUUGUCAAGCACUUGUCGUUUCGUACAUGGAUCAUCUUUUUUGGCGGAUUCAUUGUGGUUUUUAUUCUACCAAACGUUGCUCUUUCAUCUUUCAGAGCAGGAAGACCGGUUCGUCUGGUUGAAAAGAAGGAGAGAAAAGAAGAAAAUGUCUCGAAGACCAAGGAUCAUAGUAGUUGGGAAAUGUAA